AUGGACCGGCAGGGAAGCUUCAGUAGCCGCCGGGACGUCUCAGAGAGACCACCUCCUCGCGGCGAGCCCCCACACCCUCCAUCGUCGUCGCGGCCCCAGCGCGCCCAGACAUCGCAGCAGACGCCGUUGCGGAGGACCCCCCCCCAGCCGAGAGAGCCGGCCGCGUCGCCUCAGAGCCGCUACCGGGAUGUGGCCACCUGGACGAGCCAGGAUGGAGUGGACCCCCCGGUGGCGUACGUCUCAUCGAGGCCCUGGCGCCGGCAGGAGAGGGCCCGCGUUGGGACGCCUCCGGCCCGCCUGUACCGCCUUUUCCAGGGCAGGACGGUGGCGGACGCGGACCGGAGGGCGAACGGGGCCUGCCUCCCGGUGCCCGCAGGAACGCGGCUAUGUCCGUGCGGCGCCGUAAUGGUGCACGAGUCUCAUGCGCAGAGUAAGCUGCACCGGCGCCGCACGGGACACACCCUGCCACCGAGCCGCGACGCCUCUGAGGAACGCCCCAGCGAGGCGGCCAGGGCCAUGCUGGCGCGGGCGGCCCGGGAGGCGGACUUCGCUCAGUGGCUACUAACUAUAGCCAUUGGCCAUGCGGCCACAGCGGGUCCACCUGAGGGGCUGCCGGCGGAGGCCGGGACGGCGGCGACGGAGGCCGGGGCGGCGGCGGCGACGGAGGCCGGGACGGCAGCGGCGACGGAGGCCAGGACGGCGGCGGCAGCGGCAACGGCGGAUGACACGACCGUGGCCGCGCUGGGGGCUGCGGCGACACCACUGGGGGCACCGGCGGCACCCACGGCAGAGCCGCCAGGGCAGGAGGGAAUGGACGUAGACCACGCCCUCCUUGCCUUCCUCCCACUCCACGUUGAACGCUCCCGCGGCGUGUUCUUUCCCGAAGUCUGCGCGAGUGAUGCCCGCAACGGCAUUUGCUCAUCGGGAGCAACUAGCCGCGGCAGCGUCGGCCUCUGA